AUGAAUUUAAAUGAAAACUUUCAUAAAGGUCAAUGUUUACCGGCUUUGCAUUUAAUGCAAAACUCAGUUCUAGCUUCAGUAGAAAAUCCAGCUGAAAACCCAGUAGAAAAUCCAGCACUGACUCCUGAAGGUGAUCUUAUAUCAUUUGCCAAAAACCUACUGUCAUACCAGCUAGCCCAGCUGAGAGAAGAAAAUGUGCUGGUAGUCGAUCUUUUAACUGAUGAUAUUUCAGAUAUAAAAGCGGAACCAAGUUCUAAUACUCAAAAAGAACAAAAAAAGAAAUCAAUUUUAACGAUAGAUGAAUUAAUAAAAUGGCUAUCAAAAUCAGGAAUAAAAAAUAACAAAAAAUUAGAUCAAAGCCCAUACCCAAAACAGAUGAGGAAUGGUAUGAUUUAA